UCAACACGAGCAUCCUGUCCUGGGGUACAGGCUAUAGCUUGAAUGCUGUUUUCAGUUGGGCUGGUAACCUGCUUAUUUUGCAGUGAUGAUGCAUGCUAAACCACUCUAGUGCUGAUAGUCCUUCAGUGCCUUCCCACAAUUCCCCCUGUGUGCCCUGAAGGACAGGCAAGUUCUCCCACUGUUCAUUGGGACUCAGAGUGACUCAGCUUGCUGCAUCACAAAGAGCCAUGGGAUAUGACCCCAGAAGUCCUAGCAAGUGCAGGACACAGUAACUUGGGUAGGACUUUGCAGUGCGACUGUUCCAGUCUGAUCUGGGUGCUCAGACAUGAAUGUGAUGACCUGGAUUAACUCUGCAAUGAAGACAUUCUCUGAGAUGUGAAGAACACUGAAGACUGGGCUCAUAAUUUGAUUCAAGUGGUUGCCCAAAAACAUUCCUAUAGGCAUCUAUCUUUACUCUUCUCAUUCUGGUGGAAGUUACUUUGACUGCAAUCAAAUGAAUAGACCCCAGUUCUGCAAAUACUUAUACAAGUGCUUAACUUUACAUGUGAAUUAUCCCAUUAACAUAAGUGUUUGCAGAAUUGAAGCCUAAAGAUAUGUCUUCACUGCGUGUUUAAUAUGGGUAAUUGGCACCUGUGUUAGCCUAGUCCAGGUAUGAAUGUCAUCACUGUUCUUGCACUCAGCCAUGUGUGUCUUGGGAGCUUAUCCCAUGGUUCUUUGUGGCAAGAGACAUUAAUAUUGUUUCACAGUCAAUUGCGUCCUUUGGGGGAACUGUGAGAAUGGCACAGUAGUGCUAUCAGCACUUGAAUGGUUUUGCCUACAUCCUCAGUGUGAAGUGGGCGGGUUUUGGCCCAGGGUAAACCAAAGUUGGUUUCUAACCAGAGAGGCCAUGUUGAUCUCAAGUUAUGUGAAUUUCUGGGCCUAUUACUCUCAAACCUGAACACUUGUGAAUUAUACCAUUAUACCAGUACUAUUAAUUAUGGCUUCCAAUCGAUCUUUAACAAUGCAUGUCCUUAAAGUUGCACUUAAACCAUUAUGGCAGCAGUCCUGAGGCUGACAAGAUUCCAGAGCUUUCAUACUCCCAAACACCUAUGCUAAGCCACCUCAGUAGACUUACUUAAAACCAAGGUAACACCAUUUAUAGAUCUGAAAUACCAGGAGAGCUGAAGUGCUGGGAGUGGAAGAAAAUUUCAGUUUAGUUCCUGACUUGUGUGCACGAGGAACCAUAUACAUCAUAACCUCUUUUCUCCUUAAAAAUCCAAAUUGAUCCAAGUGUUACAGCUGGUUAGUACAAGGGACAGAAAUAAAUAUAUGGUGGAAAAGAUGAAGGAAAGACAUGCUACAACUUCGAGAGCAGUGAUUUUUUUUUUAUUUUAAAAGUACAGGUUCCACUAUAUUUCUACUAUGUCUCAGGAAGAGCAUGUUCUAGAGUUCUGUACAUUUUGGGUUAGAACAGUGGUUUUCAAACUUUUUGAGCUGAGGCCCCCCGCCUGCCCCCUUUGAGUCACAAUUUUUGGUUGCAUUCUCCCAACCCAGACAAAAAUAGACACAAUACCUGCCCCCUCCCUCUUUGGUUUUUCGGGGUGGGGGAAGGCAUGUAUGAUGGUCUCUGGGGGCGGAGCCAGCGCUGGGUACAGAGGCUUCAGGGAGCAGAAAUCAGCAUGGACACGGCGGACGUUGACACUCACUGGCUUGGGUGGCUCACUGAGACUCCUAUGAUCCAUCCACAGGAGACGUGUAUUGCAGAGUACCAGACAGUGGCAAAGAAGAGGCUGUCCUCCCCGUCGGCCUGGGAGAAUCCUUCUGUAGUGCUCACACCCCAUCCCUAUAAAAAUCACCAAAAUGUUCAGGGAGAGGGGGAUCUCUGGCUGCUACAUGGGGUAAUUCGUUCUGGAUCAGGCAGCUUCCUUUUCUGAUGAGCUACUGCACUGAGGCAUACAACAUGGUGUGGAAGUGGCAGCGAAAAGAGGAAAUGGAGAAGCAGCCACAGCAGCAGGAUGGCACCUAGUGGCAGAAGGAUGGAAGAGUAGGUUAUUUUAAAAAAGGAGUUGGAGGUAGAAGUUGCAGUCACAGCUGCCAGAGAUGCCUUUCUAGGCUGGUCCUCCAAAAGCCCUCAGGAAAGAUCUCAGAUAAUGAACAAGUUAGCAGACCUGAUAGAGCAUGACCUGGAGGCAUUUGCACAAGCAGAAUCAAAAGAUCAAGGAAAAACAAUUACAUUCGCUAGAACAGUGGACAUCCCACGGGCAGCAUACAACUUCCGGUUCUUUGCAUCUUCUAUCCUUCACCAUACCACAGAAUGCACUCAGAUGGACAACAUGGACUGCAUGCAUUACACCAUGAGAACUCCAGUAGGCAUUGCUGGUUUAAUAAGUCCUUGGAAUUUGCCACUUUACUUGCUGACGUGGAAAAUAGCCCCAGCCAUUGCAUCUGGAAACACUGUCAUCGCCAAGCCCAGUGAGAUGACAUCUGUCACUGCUUGGAUGAUGUGCAAACUUCUGGGUAGAGCAGGAAUCCCACCGGGGGUGGUGAACAUUGUGUUUGGAACUGGCCCCAAAGCUGGGGAGGCUAUUGUCUCCCAUCCUGAGGUGCCACUGAUCUCCUUCACUGGAAGCACGCUCACGGCCCAGCGCAUCAGGGAGAGGAGUGCCCCACACUGGAAAAAGCUCUCUCUGGAACUGGGAGGCAAGAAUCCUGCAAUCAUCUUUGAGGAUGCUAAUCUGGACCAAUGCAUCCCUACCACUGUGAGAUCCAGCUUUGCAAAUCAGGGUGAAAUCUGUCUUUGCACCAGCAGGAUCUUUGUUCAGAGGAGCAUUUAUAAUGAGUUUUUGAAGAGGUUUGUAGAAGAAGCCAGAAAGUGGAAGGUUGGGAGCCCCUCAGAUCUCACAGCCAAUAUGGGGGCACUGAUAAGUAAAGAGCAUUUAGAAAAGGUAAAGAAUUAUGUGAAGAAGGCUCGAGCUGAAGGGGCUAGAAUUCUCUGUGGAGAAGGAGUGGAUUCUUUGGCUCUUCCAACUGGAAAUCAGAAUGGCUAUUUCAUGCUGCCUACAGUCAUGGCUGAAGUCAAGGAUGAAUCCUGCUGCAUGCAAGAAGAGAUCUUUGGUCCCGUGACGUGUGUGGUCCUGUUUGAUACGGAAGAGGAAGUGAUUAAAAGAGCCAAUGGUGUCAAGUAUGGCCUGGCGGCCACGAUAUGGUCAAGCAAUGUGGGGUGUGUUCAUCGUGUGGCCAAGAGACUGCAAGCUGGCCUGGUGUGGACCAAUUGCUGGCUAGUCAGGGAACUGAACUUGCCAUUUGGUGGGAUGAAAGCCUCAGGGAUAGGCAGGGAGGGAGCAAAGGAGUCUUAUGAGUUUUUCACUGAGGUCAAAACCAUUACAAUAAAACACUGAAAUUUGCCCAUUAAAUAUUUAAACAACCGACAUUUGUGCUUACAAGUGUCUCUGGGAUAUACCAAGAGAUCAUGGCCUGCUUAUAAUUAAUUUCUAUAGAAAUCCAUUUGUUGACAAAUACCAACUAAAGCUUAAGAUGCUCAGCCCCACAACUGGCAGCAGAGAAAGUAGAUUCUGUAUCCUACCCAAGCCACAAACCUGAUUCUGAGGGUUCAAGGAGAUCUUGAGGAUUCCAAAGUUAAUUCACCAUCUCUUUCUCAAGCUGGUCCAGUAAAAGGUAUUACCUCACACAUCAUCUCUCUCUCUCAUAUAUCUUGGGAUUUAUAUGGCUGCAACAACACUGCGAAUAAAUGUCCCCAAAAAAGGCCGAUUAGUGACAGGGUGAUAAAUAAUGAUGGUUGUGGUCAACAAAUCGCCUUGAGUGACAAAGACACAAGCGAGUUAUGAUGUUAUGUUCUAAUAGGAAUAAACAUAUUUCCUCUCUAAAUGAGUAAUUCCCAUGAACAAUAUGUUUUGUACUUUGAUUGUGUCAUCAGACUAGAACUAAUGAAAUUUUACACUAAAAUCCCCAAAGCAGUGCUGCUUAUCUGUUUAGUUGUGCUAAACUCUAGAGCCAGGAUAUUCCUGCAAAGCAUAAAUAAAGCAAGUAUGUAGUUGUAUUGUCAUCCUACUAAAAUGGUUAUUUUGAUGUUAUAAUGUUUCAUCAUCUAGAUUGCUCCUAUGCUGGUAUUUUUCACAUUCCUAAAAGUAAUUUGGCUGGCAGAACAUAGUCACAGGUAUACCCAUUGACAAAGGCUGGAAGUGACUCGUUUUC